AUAGACUUGUCGGCCUGGUGAGGUUUGGCACAUUCGUAAGGUAUCUAUCUGAAGCCCAGAUACACUUGUUACCCACUAUAGCCAUCAUAGAGCUUCUGUGCCCCAGUGACGCGGCAAGUGAUGUAAGGUUGCUACGAUAUUGAACGGCAGUACACCCCUUUCUAAAUAGACGAUCUCUCGUAUGAUGAGUUUGCAAAUGCCAUCGCGCCAACAUCGGGUUGCUCAUCCCAGUCGGCCAGUCCAACCUCGUAGGCUAAAUCAGCCUUGCGAGCCCUCGAAGCAUCAAAAUGAUGAGACAAUCCCACCUGGUAGGAAGGAAACGCUCAGAGAAGAACUGACGAAGGGCAUGAUAGCAUGUGGGCGUUGAAUCCUUGAAUGGUACUUGCCCCAGGUAUAUCUUGCGCAAAAGCAGGCAGAAACCCAGUUGUCGUAAAGGUUUGGGAGAUCCUGCGACGAUGUUGUUCAUGGAAUGGGCUCCAAUAGACGCCCAAAUUCCAUGCUUUUCAAAUAAAUGGCAAAAGCUGUUCCGAGAAUUGACGAAGGCGUUGGAACCUUGCAUUAUAGCCAAAACAAUUUGGUCUGCGUUCAAUUGGCGCAUUCUAUCCUUGAGCUGUGAGAACGCGAACAAGAAUUGCCCAGUGUCCCAAUCACCAUCAUUGUGGCGCAUCACCAUUCCGAACGCCAUGUCCCCUGUUGAUUCUUGGUCAAUGUCUGGAAUGUGGUUUCCAAUGUGAUUCAUCCCAAAUACUAGACUGUUAACCAGGCUCCAUGAAUCUCCCAUUUCACGUGAUGUUGAAUUCUCCCCCAUGCUGAUUUUUGUGGUGUUUGUAGUGUUGUCCUUCCUGCAAGGCAGCAGUCGAUCUUGGAUUUCUUCAUGGAUUGGUCCAAUCAAGUUGGAUCUCAACGGUUAACCGUGCUGGGUCUUGGCAGCCACGAAAUAGAUGCAGUUCAUGUACACAGCAUAAAGCAGGGUUGGUAGAAAGAACACUUCCAAGCCUCUACCAAAUUGUUUCUGAAAUUGCAAGCCCCAUGCGCCUAGUGCUGAAAUUCGAAAGAUAGCUUGAGCCUUCUUGGAGGUAUCGUACAAAAACAAAAGGAGCCUGGAUGCUUUGCGCUGCAAUGUGACACCAUGCUUUGGAUGAAAGAAGAGCGGUUCAAGCACUAGUUUUGCAAUCACAUCCACAGUUGUGUCCCGUGGCAAAAAUGCGACAUAAUGAUCACCCAAGAGACAGUGGGAUGCCCCAAUUCUUAACUGUACCAGUAUCUCUGUCACUUUGACCUUGAGGCUUUUCCAAACCAUCCUUGGACGUAACCCAGCAUGGUCCCUGGUGGUGUUUCCCUGAUCCCCUGAUAUCUCAGUGCUGGUUUUAUUUGAAGCACCGCCAAGAUGAAGGUCAUCGUUAUUAAUGAUAUGCCCGUUGUUCGCUGCAACGUGUCCCCUUUCAGGUUUUGCAGUGCUCAACGAGUUCUUUACAAGCCUUGCUGGAAUUCGAAUGCCAUUGCCUGUAGGCAAAGCCACCAAGACGAAGCAAAGCAACGCUUGAAGGAUUGGCAUGGUGUGGAUGAACAACUUGUACUAUGCUUGUGUCUUAGAGGUCAACAGAGAGUAUACCAGAAGAGCUAGUCUCUUCUCGUGUUGGUGGCAAUGACAAAACGGUAAAAUCUUCCAUGCAAAAACAAAUAUUAAUAAUAAAGGAACGAUAACUACUAGUAGCGAGAAGUAGCUAGUCAGCACGUUAAACCACCGAAUCGACCACAAACGCUCCAAGCUGCAACCCCACCACCCACCACCCACACAAACCAAGCAACCCUCCCAGCCAUCGAUCUCUUGCAAACUCAACUCCACCAGUCUCAAGAGGAACAACCGUGGUAUACCUGACAUUGUCAUCAUCAUGAGCGCUCGUGCGAUUCGCAAGCUACGAGAAGACCGAGCCGCACUGGCACAGGCAGAAGAGGAAGACGACGAUGAAAGCGAGGAGGAAGAACCAGUGGCUCGUGGGGCGCCCAAAAAGUCUGCAUUUGCCAUGAUGAAUGACAGCAGCAGCAGCAGUGAGGAAGAAGACGAAGAAGCAGCCGAAAAAAGUGAUGAGGAGGAUGGCAAUGACGACCAAGAAGAAAGUGACAAGGGAAGCAACGGCAAAAACCAAGAAAAUGCAGCUGAAAAAGAACCCAAAGACGAUGACGCCGAGGAAGAUGAAGGAAAAGUAGAAGAAAAUCUGGAUGCCUUGUUGGAAGAAUUCAAAGAACACGACGAAAAGAAACAAUCUGCAACUGAGAGCGAAAAACCCAGUGGAGAUGUAUUAGAGCCAAUGGUUCACUUUCAAACCGUGAGAGCCAAUGUGGACAUGCGAGAUUUAGACGUCGACCACGUCAUGAGAACAUCCUUGUUGAUUGCCGAGCCUACUAGAGACGGCAGCAGCAACAACAACGACAACAACAAGGGCAAACGACGGAAUCGACAGACCUUCCUCUUUGGAAAUCCACGAGACUUGCACGUCAAUGUCAAACCACCCCAUUAUGUGGGAGGUGGGAUUGGAAUGUCCACUUAUGAUCGAGAAACCCAUCGGGAUCUUCCUUGGCCGUACAAUAGCACUACCAGUGGCAUACUGGACCAUGGUGCUACCAUGGACACAUUGGAAGCCAUGCAGGAUCGUCGACGAUGGUUCACCUUUUUGAAUUCAGAUAGCUACGAUAAGGAUUGUCAAGAUUUUGAACGCAUUCAGGCUUCGGGAGACAUGAAUGCCCUCGUCAUGUUUGUGGCUCAUCACCCAUUCGUCACAGAGGCGUUGGUCACAUUGGGAAUGAUGCUCUACCAUGCCAAUCAGGCGCAAGAGGGACUCACCUUUUUGAGACGAUCUUUGUGGGUGUAUGAAUCGGCAACCCUGUCUAGCUUUAGUUCACGCAUCUUUCAGGAUCAAUGUUUUAUGGAUUGCAACCAGCCAGAAAACAAGACUUACUUCAAUGCUCUGUUCCGAUUGGCGCGAGUCAACAAUAUGGCAGGACUCUCACGGGCCUCAUUUGCAGUUGGUCGCUACAUAUUGGCACUGGAUCCGUUGCGAGAUCCAACGUGUAUACUACUGGCGCUAGACUGUUAUGCGCUCUCUACAAACGCCGAUCACAGCUACCAGUGGAUUGUCGAUUUGUGCGACAGUCAAGAGGUACCCAUUUGCUACAAAGAUGACUCAGCGGAAUAUUGGGGAAAUCUCACGUGUCUACCCAACUGGGCCUAUUCGUAUGCCCUGGCACUGUACCGUCUCAAUGAUUCUCGACCCUCCGAACGAUCCAAUGAAGCUUUACAAACCGCAAUCAGCAAGUACCCAUCCAUUGUAGAUCUUCUGCUAAGCGAAAAUGAUGUCGACAUUGCCAGCAGAUCGUGUCGCAUUGAUUGGCAGGCCGUGAUGGAUUAUACUGGUACUCGGGCCAAUGAAAUUCAUGGCUCCACAAAUAAUGACCACGACGACCCGGUUGUGCGCAUGGCCACGGACAAGGCGUACGACCUCGCGAGCCGAAUCUUUGCCAAAUUGAACGCCAAACUCUGGGCGGGGGAUGAUAUCAUGCUAUGGCUACACAACAACCUCAAAGAGCUCAAGGCGUCUUCUUCCGCAGACAAGUUUCCAUUGACGCCCUUGUCACCAUCGCUCAUGCGAUACUCGCGAGUCGAUCCGGACGAUUUCUCCAUCAAGUUUCAAUUGCUUCCCGCUGAAGCCAAUCCGCUGGACAUGGGACUGGUGAACCAUGCGUUGGUGAUUGAUCCCAAUCGACGCCGCUUUCUUCGUAACCAGCAACGAGGAGGUGGAGCACAGCCUGAUCUUAACGAUUUCUUGUUUGGGGAUCUGGGGAAUGCCGCGGUAUUGUAGGAAAUGAUACCAAUAUUAGAACAAAACAUCACUAGACUAUCUUAUCUCUCUGUGAUAC